AUGGAAUCUGAUAUAUCCGAAAAGCAAGACUCUCCUUUUGAAAAGUUCACCCAAAUAGAAAUUGAACUACGUUUUGGCACCAAUUCUAGUGUGGAGACUGAGCUGAUUCUAAACAUAACAGAACCCCACCUCUCAUAUAAUUUUUCAGGAGAAGUUCUUCUCUCGCCCCUUGUAUCUUAUUUGAUUUCCUUAGGCUAUCCUUUGGAAAACGCAAUUAUUUGGUACUUUUCCCCUACAGCAAGGCUCAAUGUAUAUUGUGGCAGCCAUCCCGUUCCUUUUUCCAUUGCAAUCCCACUAUUUGAACUUAGAGAUGGUUCUUUAUUGUUAAUUUGCAGAGGAAUAGCGAAAAAUGAAUUUGGGCCGACUCUGAAUAUGGUCAGCCAUGCAGAUACAAGAAUGAAGCAAGAGCAUGAUAAUUUUAACAAUCACUCUGCAUCAAGGAGAACAAAAGAGAGGAAAAUAGGAUACAUUAUUGAUAAAGUCAGCAAGUGAAGAAGACUUUAUAAUGGUAUUACCGACGAGAAUGGCGAUUUUGUCAAAAUGACGCUUGAAAAUGCGGCAAAUAAAGUGAAAAUUUCGAAAAAAUCGCUUGAUGACUAUUUAUUGCAGCUGAGGAUAGCAAAGAGGUUUGGGUUUAAUUUUCAAGAGCAUAGGGAUGAUAAAGUUGGAAUUUUGAGGGCUUAUGUAAAGAAGUUUAAAAAUUUGCAAGUUUAUGCAGCGAUGAUUGAUAAAGGCGAAAAGAUUCCUGAUGAGAUCAUUUCGGCUUUAAGAGAGCCUGGGACAUCUGCAUGCAAAAGUAAUCGAUGCUGUGCACCCGGAUUUGCACUAGCGUUUAAACAGGAGAAUAAUCUUAUUAGUUCAAAGUUUUUAGGUUACUUAAAAGUUUACCAUUUUAAUAAAAACUCGCCCAUAAGGGCGAGUCGGGGGCCGGAUUCCCGACUAAACUAA